AUGGCAUCCAAUAAUGACGAUUCUUCAUCGAAUUUCUUCACGAAUGAUCUUGAUCGAAAUGAUUCUGAACGUGAUUUAUAUGCUAUAUUACAUAUUAGUAAAGAUGCAGAUACAACAACAAUUCAACAAGCUUAUCGUCGAUUAACACUUCUUUAUCAUCCUGAUAAACAUACAGAUUCACGUAAUAAACAAUUAGCUGUGGAUUUAUUUAUUCAAGUUAAAAAUGCUUAUGAUAUAUUAAAUGAUCCGCAAAAACGUGCUAUAUAUGAUGUUGUUGGAAUGAAAGGUUUAAAAGCUGAAGGAUGGGAAAUAAUAACUCGAACAAGAACAGCUCGUGAAAUUCUUGAUGAAUAUGAACGUCUUGCCAAAGAACGUGAAGAAAAACGUUUUAAUCAAAUAACAAAUCCAAAUGCAUCUAUACAUGCGACAAUAAAUUUAACUGAUAUAUUUAAUCAAAUAAAUUCAAUCGAUGAUAAUAAUAAUAUUUUACCAAAAAUUGAAACAACAGAAUUUACUGUUGAACAAAGCAUUGAUAUUCCAUUAACAAGACAAGAUACAGCAACAAUAAAUGCUGUUGCAACAAUACGUAAUGGACGUGGUAUAGGAUCAUUAACAACUUCAUUUCGACGUAUUCUUUCAGAUUUAUCUUGGUUUCGUAUUGAUUUAACUUAUGGUCAACGUCCUUAUAUAGGAUUUCAUUAUUUUCGUCGUAUAACACAAAAACUUCAAGCAAAUGUUCAUACAACAUUUAGUUUUAUUAUGAGUCGUAAAACUCUAGUUACAUCUGGGUUUAUUUUUUCAAUAAAUUAUCAAUUAACACAUAAUCUAACUAGUAGUUUACAAUGGAAAACAGG